AUGUCGGACGAGGAACACCAUUUCGAGUCCAAGGCAGAUGCCGGAGCCUCCAAAACAUACCCACAGCAAGCUGGAACCAUCCGUAAGAACGGCUACAUAGUCAUCAAAGGCCGCCCUUGCAAGGUGGUUGAAGUUUCAACAUCUAAAACUGGCAAGCAUGGUCAUGCUAAAUGCCACUUUGUUGCAAUUGAUAUCUUCACUGCUAAAAAGCUGGAAGAUAUUGUCCCAUCUUCCCAUAACUGUGAUGUUCCUCACGUCAAUCGUACUGACUACCAGCUCAUUGAUAUUUCUGAGGAUGGAUUUGUGAGUUUACUGACUGACAAUGGUAACACCAAGGAUGAUCUGAGGCUGCCAACCGAUGACAACCUUCUAACCCAGAUCAAGGAUGGUUUUGCUGAGGGGAAGGACCUGGUCGUGAGUGUGAUGUCUGCAAUGGGUGAAGAGCAGAUAUGCGGUCUCAAGGACAUUGGCCCCAAAAGUGGCAGGUCCUUCAGAGAGAGAAAUUAUCCUCUUGGUCAGGUGAACUCCACUAAUCAGCCUACUCGACAAGCUCAGCAAAUGUCCUCUUUAUCUAUACCCCAUUUAUUUUCUUUUGCUGUGGGAGGAGAUAAAGAGCUUGACAUUAUUGAAAUGGCUGUUUACGGGGAUGUUAUCCGGCCUGGGAACCAAUGUCGUUGCAGGACUGUUGCUGAAAUGCUUGGCAAAUGUAAGUCCAAAGAUAGUAUGAGCGCCUGCCAGUUGCCAUAA